ACGUGAACUCUGCUUCGCUCACCUGAACCCCACAAAGCGGUUAUGCCGGUGCAGUACAUCGUGUCUUUUUAAAACACAUACGGAUUUCACACCAAAUAAUGAGAAAACAAGUAACAUUCGUCGAAGGAUACAAAGAGCAGCAUCUUAUCUGGGAAGACAACAGCCGCUUCUUAGCAACAAGGUCUGCAGGACAUUACUGUAUACACAGACGUAAAAAUAUUGCCUCUGACACCUUGUCCAGUGAUGAGAAGUGUGGUAUAAAUGCACAGAGGACGGUUCCUUUCAAGCCAAAUCCAAAGCCCACGUCUGAGAUCCAGCAGCUGACCACCAUACAUAUUCCUAAAUCGAUGAUGGCUGCCCCAUUUCUGCAGCAUCCCAGCCUAACCCCUGGACAGAAGCAGUAUUUGUACAGUAUUGCAAAUGUGUACAGUACAGUACAUAUGCGGACUCUCAUGAAACAGCAUUAUCUGAAUGUGCUACACAGGUGCAUCAGCAAAGGCCGAAACCAAUUUGGAGAAAACACGAACACUCGUACAAACACACAUGUUAAACCAAAGCAAUUUGAACCGGUCUGUAGAAGAGAACCCAAACCCAGCAAAUAUAAAACUGUAACGCAUUCUGGGCGAGUUACCCUGCCAAAAAUUGGCAAUAGGGAAAACAGAACAGCAUCUAGCGUUUCAGCAUCAAAUAAAAGAAAGUCCAGAAAGGAAAGAUGGAAGAAUGCACACAAGGAGGAGAAUUGUGCACAUACAUUUCUGAGGGAAGGAACGAUGAUGAAUUGCUGCACAAAAACAUGAAUUCACUUUCAAUUAAGGAUGAUGAAGAAAUACUCAAAAACACUUAGUUUUUUAUGAUCUGAGUUUUGAUAAUUUUGUACAUAAACAACAUGUUAUUAAAUAAUGAUGUUCCAUUUAUUUCAAAGAUAACGUGAUGUCACAAGCCUGAGAAGAGGAAAGUACAGUCAUCCGAGCAUUUUGAAUAUUAUUACACUGCAUGGUGGACUGUAUACCAGGUUGUCAACUAUGAUCAGCUGGCUGGCUUGAGAUUUUCAAUUCUAAACAAGUCUGCACACUCAUUUACAUGUAUGUAACACUUUUAUUACCUUCUAAAUAGUCUGUAAGGUUUGCAAACUAUGCCAGCACUUUUGAUGUAGCUAAUUUUAGGUUUAUAAUGGAAUAAUAUAGAUUUGCCGUAAGAUUUCUUGCGUGGUCGUGAGAGUCAGAAAACGUGCGUGUCAUGCCAGAUGCGUAAGAGUUGGCGCCCCUGAAAUACAGACAUUAAACCGGGGUAGGCAAACUAUUCAAUCCAAAGGCCACAUAAUUUUUGUUUAAUUGUUACAGACCCUAUCUUUGUGAGCCUACCAUAAAUUUAAUCUAAAAUACAUGUGCACUUUUAAUGUAACUAGCACAAAAAAUGACACUUCAACUAUUAAUAAAUACGUAAAA